AUGAAAAUAACGCAGCAAAUUAAGCAUCUAUCACGAUUUUCAGCGCCAAGGCGCGUUGUAGUGUCUGGCUUAGGAGUAGUUUCCCCUAUUGGAACUGGCACUAAACUAGUUUGGGACAAUUUAUUAAAAGGAUGUUGCGGUAUUGUUUCUCUCAGAGAAACAGAGUAUUUAAAUUUGCCUUGCAGAAUAGCUGGAUUAAUUCCAGUAAAAAACGACAGCAACCUCUUGAAAACGUUAUCAAAAUCUAAUUUGAAAUCUAUGGCUCCAGCCACAUGUUUAGCGCUAGUUGCUACUGCUGAAGCAUUGUUAGAUGCCAAAUGGGCUCCAGAGACAGAUACUGAUAAAGAAAUUACUGGAGUAGCAUUAGGAAUGGGAAUGAUAGAUCUAAAGGAUGUUUGUGACACAAAUGAUGCAUUAAAAAUAGGGUACAAUAAGGUCAGUCCUUUUUUUGUGCCAAGAAUCUUGCCAAAUAUGGCUGCUGGUCAAAUAAGUAUUAAAUAUGGUUUUAGGGGGCCAAACCAUGCCGUAUCAACUGCUUGUGCCACAGGAGCACAUUCAAUAGGUGAUGCUUAUAGGUUUAUUAAACAUGGUGAUGCAGAUGUUAUGGUAUGUGGUGGAGCAGAAUCUUGUAUAAGUCCUCUAGCUAUUGCUGGAUUUUGUAGGCUAAGAGCAUUGAGCACAUCAUUUAAUGAUGAACCUGAAAAAGCUUCCAGACCUUUUGAUAAAAGGCGUGAUGGCUUUGUAAUGGGAGAAGGUGCAGCUGUGCUAGUCUUAGAAGAAUAUGAACAUGCAUUAAAAAGAAAUGCAAAAAUUUAUGCUGAAAUAUUAGGUUAUGGAUUGUCAGGUGAUGCAGCACAUAUAACAGCUCCUAGGGAAGAUGGUAGUGGUGCUCUAUUAUCAAUGAGAAGAGCUCUCCAAGAUGCCAAUAUUGAAAAAAAUGAAGUAACUUAUGUUAAUGCACAUGCAACAUCUACACUUAUUGGAGAUAGUGUUGAAUCUAAGGCUAUAAAAAAACUUUUUGAUGAGCAUAGCUCUAAAAUAUUGGUUUCUUCUACUAAAGGUGCACAUGGACAUUUACUUGGAGCUGCUGGAAAUUUAGAGGCUGUAUUCACUAUAUUAGCAUGUUACAAAGGAGUUAUACCAGCUACAUUGAAUUUGGAAGAUCCUCUUGAUGAUCUACAUUAUGUUGCAAAGGUGCCUGAAAAAUGGGAAGCUGCAAGAAGAGUGGCACUUAAAAAUUCAUUUGGAUUUGGUGGAACAAAUGCAACUCUUUGCAUUGCACAAAUCUAA